AUGAUGAUUGACAAGAACUUGAGCAUGGCUGAUAUAGCUGAGAAGAUCAACCGUGAGUUUGAUGAUAACUUAUCAUGCAUAUUUAGUGGCAAUAAUGCAGAUAAGCUUGUCCUUCGUCUGCGCAUCACAAGUGAUGAAACUUUGAAAGGAGAUGUGCAAAAUGAGUCUGCUGAGGAUGACGUCGUCUUCAAGAAGAUAGAGAGUAAUAUGCUGACAGAGAUGGCUCUUCGAGGCAUUCUGGAUAUUAAAAAGGUGUUCAUCAAAGAAGUUAAGGUUAACAAAUUUGAUGAUAAUGGUGGUUUCAAACCAGUUGAAGAGCGGAUGCUUGAUACGGAUGGUGUCGAUCUCUUGGCUGUCAUGUGCCACGAGGAUGUUGAUGCUACAAGAACAACGAGUAACCAUUUGACUGAAGUUAUUGAGGUUCUUGGAAUUGAGGCUGCUCGUCGGGUUCUCUUGGAUGAACUUCGGGUGGUCAUAUCUUUUGAUGGAUCCUAUGUAAAUUAUAGGCAUCUGGCCCUUCUCUGCGAUACUAUGACAUACAGAGGUCACCUGAUGGCUAUUAAAGGGCAUGGUAUCAAUCGCAAUGAGACAGGACCUUUUAUGAGGUGUUCUUUUGAAGAGACUGUGGAUAUCUUGAUUGAUGCUGCUGUAUAUGCUGAAUCUGACUACCUGAGAGGUGCCACUGAGAACAUCAUGCUCGGUCAGCUUGCUCCUAUUGGUACUGGAGGCUGUAGUCUAUUUCUGAAUGACCGGAUACUGAAUCAAGCCAUUGAGCUUCAACUCUCUAGCCAUAUGGAAGGUUUGGACUUCGGCAUGACAGCAACACCUUCACCCCUCUCUAGAACCCCAUACCAUGAGGGAAUGAUUUCACCAGACUUCAGGGCUUCCCCCAUUGAUACAAAUGCUUUGGACUCGCCAUAUGUCAGGCAUAUGGCGUUAUCACCUAUUCCUUCACAAGUAUUCUCUGAGCACUUACUCUCCAAGCAACCCAAGGAUGACUCUAGACAGCCAGAUAUCUCCAAGCUACAGCCCAACUUCACCAACAUACUCACUGACUUCGCCAAUGUAUUCAUUACAAAGUCCAUCAUACAACCUAACCAGGUGGGCCCCAUUCAGGUUUUCAACAUCUCUGUUCCAUUUCAGUCGUCUAUUCCUUCCUUGGAGGAGGAUUAUAUCGCUUUUAGAUCACUUGAUUUGGGUGAAGAAUUAGAGAAGAUGGACAACACUCACCGGCAAAUUAUGAGAAAAGAAAUGCAGAACUCAAGGGCGAGCGUGAGCUACCUGUGGCAGCUCAAUGAAGCUCGAGGUCAGAAAUGCAAGCUCAUUAGAAGAGACAUUGCUGCUGUGGGAGGAUCAUGUCAAGAAAUCCCGGCAUAUCUGAUCAGGCAAUAUUGA